AUGUCAGUUACUUGUCAAGGUUGGAACUUUACUUCAAACCAUACCUCUGAUGAAGAUGGACGGAUAAUUCUAAUUUGGAGAUCCCCGGCAGUUGUUAGAGUUCUAUGCCAAUCCAGGCAAUCAAUUACCUGCGAAAUUGCUAUCUCAAGUAGUCAAAAAUUUAUCGCUACCACAGUGUACGCUUCUAAUCUUGGAGAAGAGAGGUCUGACCUAUGGGUAGAGCUUCUUAAUCUCCAUCAAUCUCUGCACCUCUAUUGCUGUCCGUGGGUCCUCUGUGGUGACUUCAAUCAGAUAACUCAUCCUGCAGAACAUUCUAAUGCUUCAGUUAAUGCUCUCUCCACGGAUAUGAUUGAUUUUAGAGAUUGCCUACAGCAAUUGGGGAUGUUUGACCUACGCUAUCAAGGUCUUUUCAACACUUGGAUAAACCAUCAACCUUCGAACCCUAUUGCUAAGAAAUUGGAUCGCUUGCUCGUUAACCACCACUGGAUCUCUUCUUUACCUCAUAGUGCAGCAACCUUUCUGCCCCCUGAAUUCUCUGACCAUAGCCCUUGUCUUCUAGACCUAGCCACAACCCUUCCCCGUGCUGGAACCAGACCAUUCAAAUUCUUAAACUACCUUACCAAACACCCAAAUUUCUCAUCCGCGGUUGAGGAAGCUUGGAUUCGAGCCGGAAGCUCAGCUACCAGUCUCACUGAACUUUGCUGGAAACUAAAAUCACUAAAGAGUACUUUAACAACAAUAAAUAGAGAGAACUAUUCGAAAAUUCAAGAGAGAGUGAGUUUGACUAACCGUUUGUUAAAGGAUGUGCAGGUCCAGGCUAUGCAAUCUCCUUCCCCUGCUCUAUACCAACAAGAGCGAGACCUACAUCAGAAAUGGGAAUUCCUGAAAAAAAUUGAAGAAGCCUACUUUCGACAGAAAUCAAGAGUUAACUGGCUAAAAGAAGGUGAUCAAAAUACCUCAUAUUUCUUCCGAGUCUCUGUGGUUAGAGCUGCUGGUAACUCAAUCAGAUCGUUUCUGCUUCCAUCGGGUGAUCUAAUUACGGAUCCCCUGGAGAUGAGCUCUUUAGCUGUGGACCAUUUCAAAGGGGUUAUGGCUCCUGCGGUGCUACCUGUGUCCUUAUCCUCAGUCCAAUGGUUCCGGAAUCUCAUCACUUAUAGAUGCUCUGACGUCCACAAAUCUUCACUCUCAUCAAUUCCUGCACCUGCGGUUAUCAGCCGAUGUUUAUUAAAAUUAAACCCAAAUAAGGCUCCAGGUCCAGAUGGUCUAACCUCAGGUUUCUUCAAAUCUGCAUGGUCUUUCUUAGGGCAGGAGGUCAUAGCAUCAGUGCAAAAAUUCUUCCUCACUGGUUUCUUACCAUCCCCUGCUAACGCCACAAUUCUCUUGUUGGUCCCUAAACAUCCGGGUGCUUCAGCUAUUGGUGAUUAUAGACCCAUCUCUUGUUGUGCAACAUUGUAUAAGGCUAUCUCUAAGAUGUUGGUUAUGAAACUGAAACCACUUCUCCCAGAUCUGAUUCUUCCUAACCAAACAGCAUUUGUGCAAGGGCGUCUACUAGUGGAAAACACGAUCCUGGCAACGGAAUUGGUCAAUGGAUAUCAUAAACAGAAUGGUCCAAAGAGGAUUGCAAUCAAAGUUGAUAUUGCUAAAGCUUUUGACACUCUAAGUUGGGACUUCAUAUUAAACUGCUUGGCAGGUAUAGACGUGCCAAACUCCUUCCUCCUAUGGCUAAAGGCUUGUAUUUGUACUCCAAAUUUCACAGUGGGCUAUAAUGGUUCUAUUCAUGGUUAUUUUAGAAGCAAACGAGGUCUACGCCAAGGGGAUCCUCUUUCUCCAUAUCUGUUUGUUAUAGCUAUGAACUGCUUAUCUAUUUUACUAAACGCUGGAGCUACAGAAGGAAAGUUCAAAUACCACCACAAGUGUCAAACAUCAAAACUCACUCACCUCUGUUUUGCUGAUGACCUCCUGAUCUUCACAGAUGGCUCUCUCAGCUCAGUGCAGAAUAUUCUUCAGAUUUUGGAAGAGUUUGAGCGCCUCUCGGGUCUAGCAGUCAGUCUUCAAAAAACGUCAUUCUUCUCCUCUGGCCUUUCAGAGUCUGAGAUUCAAGUUAUCAGCUCAACAACAGGACUCACUCACGGCUCUCUGCCAAUUCGUUACCUUGGAAUUCCUCUUUCUUCAAAGAAACUGUCUCUUCUCAAUUGUGCACCUCUAUUGCAACACAUAAAAGGAAAAAUCAACUCCUGGAGCGCGCGCUCUUUUUCAUUUGCAGGAAGACUCUUGAUGUUGAAAACAGUAAUUGCGGGGAUCACAAAUUUCUGGUGCUCCACCUUUGUAAUCCCAAAGGCCUGUGUCAAAAAAAUCAACUCCCUCUGCAGUGCUUAUCUAUGGCAAGGCACUACAGAAGUACACCAUUCAGCUCGUGUUGCUUGGGAAACAAUAACACUAUCAAAGGAGGAAGGAGGUCUAGGAUGCAGAGACUUAGUUACCUGGAAUAAGGCGUGUACAUUGAAACUGGUGUGGCUUCUGUUUUGCAACUCUGGUUCGAUCUGGGUGGCUUGGUACGUUAAUGAAGUUUUGCAGGGUUCAUUGAGCAAUUACUGGACCUGCAAAGUAAAACAAAAACAUUCUUGGUUAGCUAACAAGCUAAUCAAAAUCAGAGAUACGGCUUACAACUGGAUCAAGCGUCGAGUUGGCAAUGGAAAAAACACAAGAUUCUGGACAGACAAUUGGUCUCCGUUUGGCGAUCUCCGAAAUUUCUUACAGUCGGAAACUACUAGGAGGAUGAGAAUUGGCACUCUCACCACACUCAAUGACUUAUACAGCAACGGUCACUGGAAUUUGGCCCCUGCACGUUCCGAAAACCAGGUGAUUCUUCAAUCCCACCUAACUACUCUAUCUCUAUCAGAUACAGAGGACUAUUACGAAUGGAUCUGUGAUGAUGUCGUCUGGACCAAGUACCUUACUGGAAAAAUGUAUGAUUCGUUGAAGGCUCAUGCUCCGAUUGUCCCUUGGAAGACGUCGGUGUGGAACUCCGGUGGUAUCCCAAAGCAUAGCUUCCUCACUUGGCUCUUCGUUCUCAACAGAUCUCCAACUAAAGAUCGUCUGCUCAAUUGGGGUUUACUGGUUGAUCCCAUGUGUCUCCUCUGCAAUCGCUGCGCUGAGAACAAAAAUCAUCUAUUUUUCGAUUGCAGCUUCAGUUGGUCAAUUUGGGGACAUCUCGGGUCACGCUGUGGAAUAAUCCCUUCAAAAUCUUGGGAUUCAACUCUCUUACACUUGCAGCAGCUUCAGGGAAGAAGAUCAAAGCGUAAACUGACACUUCUGGUUUGGCAAUGUGCCAUCUACUUCAUUUGGACUGAACGAAACGCUCGACUCCACCGCAAUGCCUUCAGAUCAGCAUCCUCAAUUAUCUCCUCCAUUGAUUCUCUAAUUCGUAACCGCUGCUCUAGCCUCCGUGAUGUGAACUCAAAUCAAGCUUCCGAGAUGAUUCAGUUGUGGUUCUCCACCUCAUCAGUCUGA